AUGACUUCAACUUUAGAGUAUCUAGAGCAUGGUCUCUCCACUCACAUGGUCAACAAACUUCCCCAAUUGGCGCCACUGGUAUUUCUAUCAUAUGUUGCACCACCAGAUAUAAUACGUCUAGAGCAAGCCGAGCAUCGUUCACUAAGACCUCAGCCGUUGAGCAUAUGUAAAGAUGCCUUGAAUGAAAGUCUGAGUGAAGAUAGUUUCCUCUACCCUACAGGUCUUGACGGCGAAGCAGCAAUGCGAAAGGAAUUCGCUUCAUUCUUCAAUACAUAUUUCAACCCUUCAUUAAAGGUAGAAGAAGACCAUAUCUCGACGAGCAGUGGUUGCGCAAGUGUUCUUGAUUCACUGAUGUGCACUAUUUGUGAUGAGGGAGACAUCGUAAUGGCGUUUGCUCCAGUUGCUUUAGAUUCCGACUUCGUCGAUCGUCUAAUCACCGCCUACAACGCCUGUCCCACCCAGUCCCGUAUCAAAGCUCUUUUAAUGUGUAAUCCUCACAACCCAGGAGAUGAUACCUAUUCCCCAGAAACUCUUCACAAACCGAUGAAUUUCUGUCAUGAAAAACAAAUUCCUUAUAUAUAUCCGACGAAAUUGCUAUUUACCUCUGCUUUAAGUUUGGUAGAGGAAGGAAAGGGAAUUGAUCGGAGUAGAGUCCAAAUUACGUGGAGUCCCAGUAUAGAUUUCGGUUGUGCUGGUAUGAGAGUGGGAUGUAUCUUCUCACAAGCGAAUAGGCCUUUACUCUAUGGAAUAUCAUAUUCCAAUGUCUGGCAAGUUUCAACCCUAAGCAGCUUAUGCAUGACCGCGAUUCUUACGUCACCGCAACUUUCAUCUCUCGUAGAAACUAUCAAGGAAGAACUAAGAGUUUCAUAUGGCUUAUUGACAUCUACUUUGAAAGAUUGGAAUAUAGAUUAUGUUCCUGUCAAAGCGGGAAUCAUGAUCUUAGUUAGGAUAGCUGCAGAUGCAAAGGUACACAACCGAAUUUCUCAUUUUCCCUUCUCACAAGAAGUCCCGUGUAGAAGCGAGCCUUUUCUCUCUCCGCCUUUCCCUACGGAACAAUACUUGUCUUCUUUGAAGACCUUUUAUCAGAAUGCGCAAGAAGAGUUGGCAGUCUUGGUAAAGUUGCGGGACGAAGGAGUCUUGAUAUCACCAGGAGGGGGGUAUUUAUGUUCUUACGGCGAAUAUGGGUGGGCGAGAUUGACAUUUUAUGGGUGGGCGAGAUUGACAUUUGCUGUGAAGCGAGAAGUUAUGGUGGAGGCACUUGAUAGGAUGAAGAAAGUUCCGUGGCCAUCUCCAAUUGUUUGA